CUCAGUUGAUCAACCCACCUUGACCUCCCAAAGUGCUGGGAUUAUAGGUGUGAGGCACCACACCUGGCCACUAUUUCAUGUUUAACCUGUACUUGGUUACUCAAAUUGCUGGGGCAAGGUGGGAGAUAAUGUUAUUGACUGGCAGAGAAAAGGGUUGUUGGCAAAGGGGGAGAAAAAGUGCAGAAAUAGGUUUAUUUGUUUACCCAGCGGGUUUUAGAAACAGCCCCACUUUUUAGGCAUGGCACAUAUGGCAUGACAGAAAAUUGUAGAGAGGCAGAGUGCAUGGUAGGUUUUAACUUGAAUAUGUUUUAAGGAUACAUAAUCUUUGCUGCCAUGUUAUUAACUUGAAACUUAAUUGAACUAGGAACUGGUAGCAAAAGAAGAUAUACUUAUUUGGAAAAUUGACUUUGGCUGAUUUGUUACUGAUUUCAUUCUAUUUUGAUGUGAAACCGCUUUCUAUGUUUAGAACAUCGGGUCAGAAGUUGAGAUUUCCACUAUUGAGAAACAACGGAAGGAGCUGCAGUUGCUCAUUGGAGAAUUAAAAGAUCGAGAUAAAGAGCUCAAUGACAUGGUUGCAGUGCACCAGCAACAGCUUCUUUCGUGGGAAGAGGAUCGGCAGAAAGUGUUGACAUUGGAAGAACGUUGCAGCAAAUUAGAAGGUGAACUACAUAAAAGAACUGAAAUAAUCAGGUCACUCACGAAGAAGGUAAAAUCUCUUGAAUCCAACCAAAUGGAAUGCCAAACUGCUCUUCAAAAGACCCAACUACAGCUUCAGGAAAUGGCUCAAAAGGCAACGCAUUCUUCUCUUCUCUCUGAAGACCUUGAGGCUAGAAACGAAACUCUCAGCAACACGUUAGUGGAACUUUCUGCUCAGGUAGGACAGUUACAAGCUCGAGAACAAGCUCUCACGACCAUGAUAAAGCUAAAGGACAAAGAUAUUAUUGAGGCAGUCAAUCACAUUGCAGACUGUUCGGGUAAAUUUAAAUUGCUGGAGCAUGCCCUACGUGACGCCAAGAUGGCGGAGACUUGUAUUGUGAAAGAAAAGCAAGAUUAUAAGCAGAAAUUGAAGGCACUUAAGAUUGAAGUCAGUAAACUAAAAGAGGACCUCAACGAAAAGACGACAGAAAAUAAUGAGCAACGAGAAGAGAUCAUUCGCCUCAAACAAGAGAAAAGUUGCCUGCACGAUGAAUUGCUUUUUACUGUAGAGAGAGAAAAGAGGAAAGAUGAAUUGCUUAAUAUUGCGAAGUCAAAGCAAGAACGCACAAAUUCAGAACUGCACAAUCUGAGACAGAUUUAUGUAAAACAACAGAGUGAUCUGCAGUUUCUUAAUUUCAAUGUGGAAAAUUCUCAAGAAUUAAUACAGAUGUAUGACUCAAAGAUGGAGGACUCAAAGGCCCUGGACUCCAGCAGAGACAUGUGUUUAUCAGACCUUGAAAAUAACCACCCAAAAGUCGAUAUUAAGAAGGAAAAAAAUCAGAAGUCACUGUUUAAGGACCAGAAAUUUGAAGCCAUGUUGGUUCAGCAAAAUAGGUCAGACAAGAGCUCUUGUGAUGAAUGCAAAGAGAAGAAACGACCGAUCAAUACUGCAUUUGGGGAGAAAAGUGUAAUUACGCUGUCAUCCAUAUUUACCAAAGACUUAGUAGAGAAACACAAGUCUUGGUCUCUGGGAGGAAAAACCCAGAUUGAACCUGAAAACAAAAUUACAUUGUGCAAGAUCCAUGCAAAAUCACUAAAAUGUCAUGGCACUGGGGUUCAGAACGAAGAAAAACAACCCUCAGAAAUGCCCACUUUAUCUGAUGAGAAGCAGUGGCACGAUGUCAGUGUUUACCUGGGCCUGACCAACUGCCCAAGUUCAAAACAGCCAGAAAAGCUGGAUGUAGAGUGUCAAGAUCAGAUGGAAAGGUCCGAAAUCUCAUGCUGCCAGAAAAAUGAAGCCUGUCUGGGCGAAAGUGGCAUGUGUGACUCCAAGUGCUGCCACCCGAGUAACUUCAUAAUUGAAGCCCCAGGCCACAUGUCUGAUGUGGAGUGGAUGAGUAUUUUCAAGCCAUCCAAAAUGCAGAGAAUUGUCCGCCUCAAAUCUGGGUGCACGUGUUCAGAAAGCUUCCGUGGGACACAACGUGACUUCCCGGCAAGUGAGCUAAUUGCCAUCCAAGAUUCCCACUCUUUGGGUUCUUCAAAAUCUGCCUUGAGAGAGGAUGAGACAGAGUCCUCUUCCGAUAAAAAGAACUCACCUAAGAGUUUGUUAAUCUGCAAAGAUGCACCAGCAUUCAAUGAAAAGGCUUCAAUUGUGUUACCCUCCCAGGAUGAUUUCUCGCCCACGAGCAAGCUCCAGCGUUUGCUGGCGGAAUCUCGUCAGAUGGUGACGGACCUGGAGCUGAGCACGCUGCUGCCCAUCAGCCAUGAGAAUCUCACUGGCAGUGCCACAAAUAACUCGGAGGUCCCAGAAGAGUCAGCUCAAAAAAAUACCUUUGUCAGUUAUUGAAGGAAACAAAAGGCAACUUCAGUAUUCAUCGUGAUCAUGGCAGAUUUCUCAUCUAUGUGGAAGGCAGAAAGCAGACACCAAUGCUGAAUGAAUACUUAACCGUAAAACUGAAAGAGGAUUGUAGUUCUUCAUAAACGACACUUAAUUCCAGCGGGGAGCAGAACUAGAAAGUUAAUUUUUAAACAUCUACACUUUAUUUUCAAGUUAACCAUUUUUGUGCUGAAGAAAUAUUUUCGUGUGUAAGAAAGUAGACCUUAUUGUACAUAGAGAAACUUGGAAUUAUGCUAAGAAUGAAACAGACUUCUCUGUAAAGAUACAGACUACAGCUAAGUGCUAGAGAAGCUCUUUAAAAAUGUGAACGUCAAAUAGAGAAGGAACCCCUGCAUAGAAAGUGCUGUUUUAACUAUCUGAUUUUUUAAAAAUCUGUGCAUACAUUUAAAUUCUAAACAAUAGCUUAUCAGAGUCAGUUCAAAAUAUAUGAGAAAUAGUAUUCUCUCAUGGUUUUAGCUCUUGACUUUGCUAUGUAAAAAGACAUAAGGUGCUUUGAUAUAAAAUGGAACUGGAAAAUAGCUCCCUGGUUACUUGAGGUCCUUCUGUCCCAAGCUGAGCAGAGCCCCAUCUUUCUGGGUCUACAGCAGUACCACCUACUGACACAAACCAAAGCUUGUUGGAAGAUCAACUUUUAUAUGCGUUUUAAAAAAUCUUAAAGACUAAAACACUUCCAUUUUAACUUGUAAAGUAAUUUAAUUUUUUA